UAUUCCGUUUUUAAUUCGCUUCAGGAAUCCAUGCGUAGAUCGCCGACAACGGUGACUGAUGUUAGUAGGUCGGCGUCAUGUCUGCUAUUAUUUGACGAGCCGCGGAAGAACCGAGCUCAGUUGCGUGAUAAACGUAGAGCCACCAGCAGAAGGGAAAUCGAGAAAAUGAGUUUGCGUUGGAUUCAUGAGAAUCUAGAAGCGCCAACGUGUGACGAGGAGUGCAGUGAUAUCGACGACAGUUGCAGCGAUGAUAGUUGCGACACGGAACUGUUCCUCCAGGAGACGGAUGUGAUGAAGAAUGAAAAAGAUAUCGCUCGCGAUGGCCGAAAAAAGAGGGAAACCAGAAGAGCCCCGACCUCGACCGUUACGUUCGACGGGAACGGAACGCCACGCAAUAAUGAACGUAACUGCAACAAAUCACGCAAGUAUCCACCUUAUGUAAUAUGGGAUCCACGACAACCAGCAAAAAAUCCUAUCUAUAAUUGCCGGAUAAUUAAGUUGUACUGUCGCACCGGAUAUCAUCUAGCAAUUACGCCGUCGGGACGAGUGAAAGGAUUAUCCGGAAACAAGGAGCCAUAUGAUCUGCUUUACGCAACACCGGUAUCUUUUGGCGUUAUCAGAAUACAAAGCAUCGAAACGAGGUUGUAUUUGGCAUUCAACAAGAAAGGACGAUUGUACGGAGAGAUAAAUAUGACUAAUGAAAACACUGAAUGGGAACAAUGGAGCAUUGGUUCCCAUGACGCGUUCAGAUCGCGAAAAUACGUGCAAUAUGGAUGGUGGAUAGGAAUAAAGAAAAAUGGACGAGCAAAGCCUGGGUCGAAAACAUUUUGGGGACAAAAGGCUAUACAAUUUUCGGCUAUCCAAGAGGAUUAAUUGAUUAAUCUGAAAUUUUUUCAAGAUACAAACACACUUUAUAGGGUAUACCUCUCAUUUUCGAUAAUUCAUUUGUUAUGUAAACUUUCUCGGAAAGAAAUUCAGAACGGUGAUGAACGAGUGUUCUAUGAGCAACGAUGUAUGAUAAAGAA